AAAAGCGAUUGAUUGUUUUGGAAGUGUACUCGUCGGUUAGUUCGGGAGCUUCCAAGCUGUCAGUUGAAGAUCAGCUGUGCUCUCGGGAGGACAGCAACUAUUCGCAGAAAAGCUGAUUUUACCUGGCGUCAGAUUGCGGCGGUAGCUAUGGCCAGAAGAUCUUCGUUCCGAUACAUUACGUUUAUUCUGACCUGCAUGUGUAGUCGUUAAUCGCCGCGUUCGAGUGUUGUUUCGGGAAGCACACUUUCAUUUCUUUUUACCCAGUAAACGAAAGCCAUUACCGAUUACUAAGCUCCUGUCGGUGCCAAGCCAACCGCGAGAGGUGCCGCGAGAAAAAUACACCGACUAAUGAGGUAGUCCGGCAAGCGCCAGUGUUGUACAGUUAUUGUUGAAUAGUUUGGAUGUAGAAGCUACCUCCUCGUGAUAUGCAAAUGUGUGAUAUAGUAUAGAUGUUCAAGAAGCCCGUCACCAACUAGACCGAUUCUACAGGCGCCUAAUAUUUUUCUUCUUUCUCUAAAUUCGCUGCUCACUUUUCUCGACGUUCAACCCGAGUGCGCGCGUGCUAGUAGUGUGAAUCUGAAAGUAUUCAACGUCAUUUGGCGUGAAUGUGUUUCCUAAGUGUAUAUAAGUGAAGUCUUUAGGUUUAAAGAAAUACAGGCAACUUAUUCGCGUACGUAGUGUCGUUUGUUUUUGUUGAUAUUAUUUCCCAUGUCGCUAACGGAUCGCAGUCCGCUGUUCAAUAUGUCUCCGGGACGCAACACCAGAAUGGCUCCUGGAAAGCUCGGUAGCAGCAGCUUCGGCACAACCGGUGAGGAGCGCAAGCGAACCGGUGAAAUUAUCCAUUCGGGUCAAUUUAUGGUUUCGCAUUUUGAAACCGAGGGUCAGGAGGACGAGGAUGACGACGAUCUUGGAAUGCAAGUGGUCGUGGAAGAUGUUAAACCGGCCAUCGUUGAUACCGUAAUUUCGAACAUUAUUUCCAAACGGAGCCCACACUUGUCUUUGGAAUCGGUAAAUAGUGCCUCGAGCAGUGCAAUUGUUCCGCUCCGAGGUCAGUCCAGUGGCAGUACGGAACUGAUUCGCUACGCACAAAAACGUCAACCGUUGCAGCUGACCGGCCGGUAUCCGUGCUCUCAAGUGGAAAUCGAUACCGACCUGUCGACGGUGUUCAACACGCUCAACGUUACCUACACGCAAAAGCUAACGUCGCCCAAAUGGAAUCCAUUCAAGGGUAUUCGGUUGCGGUGGAAGGAGAAAAUUCGCCUAAACAACGUUAUCUGGCGAUGCUGGUAUAUGCAGUUUGUCAUGAAAAGGAAAACUCUAGUCUGUCAAUUCGCUUCUCCACUAGACGUAGAUAUCCAUAAUACACCUCAGGCCAUUUUACUCGAAGGAAAAUACUGGAAGCGGAAGUGCAAUGUAAUCAAGGCAGAGUACAAAAAGUGGCGCCGAUUUUACGUGAACAAAGCACUUGGAGCGACUAAUAUUACAGACACGACCAGUGAAUUAGAUUUCUUAGAAUGGUCACCAAGCAGUGAACCAAUGUUUAUGAUUACCGAUAAUAUGCCCACAGACACACUGUUUUCCACACUCUCGCAGUAUCCAUUUCCAGACUCUAGAGAAAUAGCCCGCGGCGCGGGUCGAGCCGAUUUCAUACAACCUAGUCUUGGGCCGCUGCAGCCGAACUUUGAUGAUUUGAUGGACUUGGACUUAGAUUUUCUGAAUUUUUCACGUUUACCACCAGUUCCCGAGGAAGGUUCAGAGGACAUUUUGAAAGCAAUUGAUUAUAAUUAUCCCUUAGGAGUUUCGACUCAAUCAAACAGUGGGUGCAGCAUUGAAGAGAUUACCGACAGCCCAGCUGACCAAGCCCAAACACAAAGUCAACCUGCACGAUCCGGUGUAAAUGCAAGUUCAGUAAUUACCGGACCUGCUGCAUCGUUGGUCGUUGGACCCCCGCAAGCUCCGUCUACCCCAACUACAAUACAAUUUUCUGCGAAAAUUUUCACUCAGAACGUAGCAAGUAAUUCCACGUCGACUUCACAACAGCAGCUGAAUAACGCACUUGGCUCCUACAUAUCAGCCCAAAUACCACAACCGAUUGUGACGGCAAAUGUUCCUACUGCAUCUAACACCAGUGAACAAACAGCGACUGUCAUUCCAGUAGUAGCAUCCAGUGAAGAUCUUAAUAAGGAUACCAAGACCAAAUAUUCCCGAAAUUUAUUGAAACAAUUGGGACGCGAACCUCACAACUACGACAAGUGUCCACCGACGACACAUCAAACUAUGGCCUACAAUUUGGUUCAACAACCACACCUAAGCCAAAACAUCCUCAAUUCGCCUUACCCUGCAUCAGCCUAUCAAAUUCAAUCCGGUGGAAUCAUACAGAUAUCCGGUACACCUUCAAAUCAACAACUGCUCAACUUCAACAGCAGCAUGCAAAUGCAACCAAAUAAUACCGCCGUUAAUCCCAUGAAUUUGUCUAACAAUUCCCUUUCUGUUAACAACAACCAAAAUUACAUGAUGCAAAACAUGAGUCCCAAAUUGAUAACGCACAGUCAGUCUCUUCCAAUCCAAACAAAUCAACAAAAGGCACAACCACGCUCAAACUCGAUGCCAACGACGCAGAACUAUCCCCAUAUACUAGCAUCGCAAAGCUCCCCGCCUGGAACAAUUCAUCAGCAGCAUCAGCAAGAUGCCUUCAAAGGAUCACUGCAUCCAACGCAAAGCUCAAACUACAAGUUCUAUCACAGCCAUCAGCCACAACCGUACAAAAUACCUUCUCAAAGUGCCGGCAGCUACGGUGGAAGCGGUCGCAGUAUGCGGCAUGCUUCCCCUCCCCACGGACAUCAGUCCCAUGCAGCUGUUCUAGCGGCGCAACAGCAGCAGCAGCAAGCAACUAUCGAGCAAACUCAGCAACAAUUACAUGAUCUCCAGCAACAGCAACAGCAGCAGCAACAAUUAUCCCCUCAGCCGCAGCAGAAGCGGCUACCACCACAUCCAACCAAAGAAAUGUUCCGCUCGAACAGUCUGCCAAUCAAUGCAACGUUCGCGCUGCCACCGAAGGAGGAGAACUUUGCUGUUCCGCGAUAUCACGCCAAAUCGACACCAAAGCUGAAAGCUCGUAGCAAUUCGAUGAUUAUGAAAGUGCCUGGCAGCAGUGGUAGCAAUAUGGUCACCUCCAUCGGCGGUACAAACUUGCAUGCGACGACCAGUGAACCAAUGCUGAACGCGGGCAGUAGUGCACUGUUGGCGCAGUUACUGACCACUAACAACGCAAGUACCUUACUAAAUAUUAAGCAGUCUAAUUCACCAUCAAGUGCCAUAGGAAACCUGUCUCCACAGCAGCAGCAACAGCAACAACAACAACAAUCUCACUCGCACAUCGUCCAGCACCAACAGCAGCAAUCAAUUUAUCAGCAGCUAACGCUGGGAAGUCCCAUUUCUCCCACAUCGUCCCAGUUACAGUUGAAUCAGUCUCAGCACAGUCCCCAGUUGCAGUCCCAGCAACAUUUGAAUGCAAUGGUUAACGCUUCCGCGGGGCAGUCAGUGCUUAACUAUGCUUCGUCAUCCUCGUGUUUACCGGGCAUCUCACUGGCUACCACGCAGAGCCUCUCGCCGGACACCAUGCUCGAUCAAGAUGCACCGAUGUCUCCGAUAAGCAUGGGCACCGGAUCAUGCGACAGCAUCGUUGGUACUAAUAGCGGCAGCAGUAGCGGUGGCGUCGGAAACAAAUUUCACCAGCAGUGCGCUCGGGGUGAUAACCAGCGUCGGUCCGGGCAUAUUCACGCCGAACAAAAGCGCCGCUAUAACAUUAAAAAUGGUUUCGAUAUGCUGCAUUCACUCAUUCCCCAGCUGCAGCAAAAUCCAAACGCAAAGCUCAGUAAAGCCGCUAUGCUGCAGAAAGGUGCCGAGUAUAUAAAACAACUGCGUUCGGAGCGCUCUGCAACCAGCGAUCAAAUGGACGCUCUGCGCAGGGAGAUUGACGCCCUAAAUAAUUCACUGAGCAACCUUCAAACGGCGCUGCCAGCCAGUGGUGCACCCGUAUCGCGGCAACGAACCGGCCGUGUUAAGGAACUUUAUCACCAGUACGUGCGGCAGCGCACUAUGGACAACUGGAAGUUCUGGAUCUUUGGCCUAAUUUUUGAACCACUGAUGAACACUUUCAACCAAACUGUGUCGGUAGCCAGCUUGGAUGAAAUGUGCCGUACCUCGCAGCUGUGGGUCGACCAGCACUGUUCCCUUGUGGAACUUAGGCCAGCGGUAUCUAAUAAACUGCGUCAACUAUCGACGACAACUGACAUCCUGUCAGAUCCGCCCACAUCCCUACAGGAAGAGGUUCUGAAAGCCAUUUCCACCUCGUUGCCACUGCCGAACUCAAGCGGAGGAAGUAGCAGUAGUCGCUGUGGUAGUAAUGGAAGCAGUCCCAAUCGAAACUCUGGUGGUUUCCAGUAAGUAGUUUCGAUUUGUUGCAAUUUGCUUGGGGUCGAUUGUGUAAUAUUUUUAAUUUAAUUGUACGUAAAGCAGAGCGACAGGGGCACAGAGCAUUGUGCUGAGCUACUGUUGGAAAAGUGCACCUUAACGUUACAGGUGAUCUCAUGUUUUACGGUAGGAUAGCACUGUGUUGCGUUAGAAGCAGUAGGUCUUUUUGUGUUGUAUCAAAUUGUGGCGAAGUUGUCAAAAUUUUCUACGUUAUAAAAUGGGCCUUCAAUGUGACACUGCAUUUCGGUCUUUAUUGUGGGAAUCAUCAUUAAAGAGUAAUGUAAAAUUUCGGUCUAUCACGGUGGUGUCUAAUCGUGUUUUUUAUUCGGUGACCCAUUACGGUUAUUUAAGCCAGCCGAUAUUCUCCUGGAUGAUAAAUCUAACAGCUUGUAUCACUCCGGCAAAAUUUACUCGAAAUGAUAUCCUACAAUUAAAAACCUUUCCUAUUUUCAAACCCUUCAUCUUGUUGUCUAUUUUAUACUUCAUGUGCGGAAAAGUAAAUAAAAAAACACUGGAAUAUCAACAUUUAUCUUAAUGCUUAGGUUGUUUCAUGUUGAUUAUUUAAAGUAAAAUGCUUGGAUAGCGUAAUUCUCCUAUCCGCCAUUUCGUUAACAGAGGAAUAAAGAGAACUGAACUGGAAAUCAUCGAGAGGAAUAUCAUUUGUACAACAUUUUUAGCGGCAGCAACGAUGUGCAAGGUAACUAAACAAAACACCUUGUGCGUUCUCUUGCCGUUCGGUGUGUAUUUGUGCGUUAGAAAGUGACUCGAGAAAGUGAGAGCGAAUUUAGUACCUAUAUUACCUAGCAUUGUAAGUUUACUAUACCACUCCAGUCAGUGGUUGUUUUGAGUUUAUUAGUUGUUAAUUCUUUGCCUAGUUCUAAACAACGGUACCUAAAGCAGAGUAUCAAACUAGAGGUAUGACAUGCAAAAUCAAUACAAUAC